CCAAGUAUUUCCAUGGAAAGAAGAUGAAUGGAGAGAUUGAGAUCCGAGUGGAGCAGGCUGAAUUUUCUGAGUUGAAUUUGGCUGCCUAUGUUACUGGGGGCUGCAUGGUGGAUAUGCAAGUUGUGAGAAACGGAACCAAGGUUGUGAGGUCCUUCAAGCCAGAUUUCAUCCUGGUGCGCCAGCAUGCUUAUAGCAUGGCCCUAGGUGAAGACUACCGCAGCCUGGUCAUCGGCCUCCAGUAUGGAGGCCUGCCUGCUGUCAACUCACUCUACUCUGUCUACAACUUCUGCAGCAAACCCUGGGUGUUCUCUCAACUCAUUAAGAUCUUCCAUUCUCUGGGUCCUGAGAAAUUCCCACUUGUGGAGCAAACCUUUUUCCCCAACCAUAAGCCUAUGCUCACAGCCCCACACUUCCCUGUUGUGGUGAAACUGGGACAUGCCCAUGCUGGAAUGGGAAAGAUCAAAGUAGAAAACCAGCAUGACUACCUUGACAUCACCAGCAUGGUGGCUAUGGCCAAAACCUACGCCACCACUGAGGCCUUCAUCGACUCCAAGUAUGACAUCCGCAUCCAGAAAAUCGGAUCGAACUACAAAGCUUACAUGAGAACUUCCAUCUCUGGGAACUGGAAGGCCAACACAGGCUCUGCCAUGCUGGAGCAGGUGGCUAUGACAGAGAGGUACAGGCUAUGGGUGGACAGCUGCUCAGAGAUGUUUGGUGGCCUGGACAUCUGCGCUGUCAAGGCUGUCCACAGUAAAGAUGGCAGAGACUACAUCAUUGAGGUGAUGGACAGUUCGAUGCCCCUGAUUGGUGAGCAUGUGGAAGAGGACAGACAGCUGAUGGCUGACCUUGUGGUCUCCAAAAUGAGCCAACUCCUGAUACCAGGGGGCAUGGUGCCCUCACCCCUAAGGCCUUGGGCUCCCCAGAGUAAAGCAGCAAAAUCUCCUGGGCCUCUGCUUGGACAGCCCCAGCCCCGUCCACUCACACAAGGGGGCCCUCGCCAAGCUCAGUCUCCUCAGCCCCCACGAUCUGGAAGCCCCUCACAACAGAGACUCUCCCCACAAGGCCAGCAGCCCAUGAGCCCCCUAUCUGGAUCUCCACAGCAACAAAGAUCUCCAGGUUCUCCACAGCUGGCCCGGGCAUCCAGUGGCAGUUCGCCAAACCAGGCCUCUAAGACGAGCAGCACCCUUACCUCACAACCCCGGCCACCAGUGCAAGGUCGCAGCAUCUCCCAACAGAGUGAAGAGUCCAAGAAUCCAGCACCACCUCACCCCCAUCUCAACAAAUCUCAGUCCCUGACUAACAGCCUCAGCACAUCUGACACUACUCAGCGCGGGACUCCCAGUGAAGAUGAGGCCAAGGCUGAAACCAUCCGCAACCUGAGGAAGUCUUUCGCCAGCUUGUUCUCUGACUAGCUCUCAUCCAGGCUGGAAGCCAGGGAGAAGCCUCUUAUGCUCUCCUUUCUCCUGCCUCAUCUUCCUUCUCAGCCUUGGUUCCUGAAGGGAACAGAAUGGACAGCCUGAGAAUACAUUUUCUAAAUUCCUUUGAUGCAAGAACUAAGUAUCUAUUAUAUAUGUGCCCCCACUUUCUGUGAACAGAACAUUCCAGUGGGGUCUGAGUGAUAGGUGUUGCAUCACAGUGCUUCCCUCUCCCCUAGAUGCUUGCUUCCCCACCUCGGAUAACCAAGUGAAAUGUCUGUAUGUCUAGUUUUCACAUUUCUUGUUAGUAUCUUGCUUGCCUCUACGCAAAGGACUCUUCUCCACUUUGCCCCACAGCCAUCAAAUGCAGACACUGCAGUGGAACAUCAGCAAUAUAGGAGGCAAUAAUCUUUUGACAGUGUUUUGCAAAUAAAAGGAGAAGAGUCCAGCAACAGAACCUCGCACCUACAAACACUGGUUCCAUUCAGGCUCCAGAGUUGCCCCUAGCCAUAUAGACAGAGGUCCCAUCAGGCCUGGCCACCUGGGAUGGUGAGGGACAUGGAGAGGGGACAAGAUCCUGUGUGGCAAGUGAGGCCAUCCGAACAAGAGAAAUGGGAGAGAACCUUGCAGUGCCGCUCAUGCCCAGAUUGCUACCUGAACUUGAACAGCCAAAAGCAGGCCACACUUCCUUUCAGGAUUCAUUACUAGUCCUCAGAGAAGGAAGAGGCCCUCAAAUUCAGUGGCUAAAGUUAGGGUUCCUCCACCCAUUCUGUGUAAGUCCCUUGACUGCCCACCAAGAAUAUCUCUUCUUCAAGCAUAUAUAAGGAACCACCAGAGAGAAAGAACCAACUGAUCAAUAUGACACAGGAUCAGAUGUCACAAUGAUAGUCACUUGCUUUCCACAGACUGUAUAGAGCAGGGCAGUUUACUCAAUGUUCAGAUAGGUUUAGGAACCCAUAUAUUUCUUCUCUCUCUCCUCUCUCUCCCUCUUCUUCUCUCUUCCCCCUCCUCUCAAUAGUAAAUCCUACAUGUUAAA